AUGAAGAAGAAGGAAGAAGACUCGACGUCUUCUUUCUUCGACACAUUCAUUAUUCCAGAUAAAAAUUCCUUUGAGAUUUCAUAUUGGUUUUAUAAUACAAGAGCACAAAUACGACAAAUUGAAAUUAAUUUAGACAAAAAGGGUAAAAAUGAUCAGAAAAGAGUAGAUGUUGCUACACAAGACAUUAUACAUUUAUCAGAUGAAUCAUACAAUACCUCAGAAAUACGAAAUACUAGAGAAAAAUCUUUACAAACAUGGAAAUCAUAUGCAAAUAGACUUCUAUACGACAAAAUCAGGAAAAGACUUCUAAAAGGUAAACGCAAAUUAGAUGAGCAAAAAGGAAAACGCAGAAAGGCACCAAAGAAACGAAAUACUAAGAUUUCACCUCAAGAAAUCAUCAGUCAAACAUCUAGUGGAUUUCGAGAUGACAUAACUAAAUCAAACAAUGAAGAAGAAACAGAAAUUGAAUCACCAACGCAAUCAAAAUAUCGAGAAGAUUGGAUUUCUUUUGCUAAGAGAUUUACAAAGCAAACAAAAUACAAUACGCUUAUACAAGAACAAGCUAAACUUGUUGUUCAAAGAAAACGAGAAAAAAUUGAACGUCAAGAAAGAUUUUGUCUUUGGGCAGCUAAAUUAGUACAAAAUGAUCAAAUUCAAGAACUUCAUAAUGAAAAAGAUAAACUUGAUGCUGCAUUUUUGUCAUGGAGCAAACUUGUUCCAAAAUUAUAUUUCCAAAACAAUGUAAAUCACAUUAAAUCAGAAUAUGAUAAGUGGAAGAGCCUCAAAUUCCAAAAUCCAGAUCAAAUACAAUCAGUUUGGAGGUGUUACUCUUCUUAUCUUCUUAGAUUCAAUUAUAGAAUCCGCGGUGUUCAAGAAUUCUUCGCAAUGGAACGUCUGAAAAGAUUCUUCCAAUAUGUAAUAAUUCCACGACGUGCAAUGCAUGUUGUGGAUACUAUGGAACUUCCUUUCCAAAGAUUAAUUCAGCGGGAAACAAGAAAAGAAAUUGUUCGAUCUGCCAGGAAGAUUCGUCAUUGCUCUCUCCAAUACAGAAAUCAAAUAUCAGAAAACUUCGCUGUGAAUUUUACAGAAGCAAUUUCGGACGCAUUUACAACUGUUGCUGUAAAUCAUCUUGGACCACCAGAAGCUCCUAAACCCAAACAAAAGGCAUCUCAAAAACCACAUGUUAAAAUGCCAAAACGCAAACCAAUUCCAAAGAAAUCAGAUACCAAGCAAAAACAGACAAGAGAUCAAGCAACAAACCCAGUUGAAGAUAACAAGAAACAAGAUAAUGAUGUUUUCAUUGAAGAUCAUGAUUCAAAUGAUGAUUUACUUGGUGAAUUGGUUGAACAUAAUGCAGUUAACAUCGAAAUUGAUAACAAUUCAGAGAGUGCAUUACCUCCUAACAUUAAAAUUGUCCAAAUUAUCCAUGAAGAACCUUCAUCUCCACCAAAAACACCAACACAAAAACCAGAAUUUUCAACAAUUAACAAUGAUGAAAUUGUUAUUGGAAUUGAACCAUCAGAAGAGAUGUCAAAGAUGAGUAACAACAGAUCUCCAAACUACAUAUUAUCAACAACAAACAGAGAGAAGCCUAAACUCGAGAUGUCAAAGAACCAAUCACAAACAAUCAUUCCAAAACAAAAUGCUGCAAUCCAAACACAACCAAAACCAACUGUUCAGAGAAAAUCAACAGAAACACAGAAAUCUACUUCAUCAGGAAAACAAUCAUCAGACAAACAGUCUUCAGAGAUGAUUUCAGAUAUCAUGUUAUCAGCACCAAGUAUUUCAAGAAUUAUGGAGAUGUAUGGAAGUGGAUCAUCUCUUGAAGAAAUCAACAAUUCUGUUGAAGAAGAACUUAAACUAAGUGAAUUCGAUCUAAUAAACAGUGGUUCUCCAAUAAAAUCAAAAGGAAAACCAUCAAAUGGAUAUGAAGAAGAAAGUUAUCAAACAGAAACUCCUCCAUCAUCCGCUAAAUAUCAAUCUCUUAAUUCAUCUCCAAGAAGUAGAUUCCAAUCUGUUUUAACAACAAGCAGCUCUUUCAACAGAACUCCACAAGGAACAAUAUCAAAUAAAACCGAAAAAGUUGAUCUACUUGAACAACACAAUACAUUAAGUUUGGAACCAGAAUCAGAAAGCAAAGAAUUUGUUCCUUAUAGAAUUGAUGAAGAUGAGUACAGUGAAGAAAAUGAAGAAGAAUCUUUCCUCGGAUUUGAUUUUACUGAAGAAGAAGAGGAAGAAGAAAAUAAUGAACAACAACAACAACUUCAGGAAGAAGAAGAUUUGUUUGAAGAAGAGGAUGAUGAAGUUCCAUUCAUAUUUAGUGAUGAUCAAAUGCAAUCUUCUAAAAAGAGUUCAGAUACAAAUGAUAAUCUUCCAAAGAAUUCGGAACCUAAAUUUGUUUUCACGUCAACUUCUAAUGAAAACAUUUCUAUUUCGUCGAAAUCAGAUGGACCUAAUUUUGUUUUCUCAUCCAAUGAAAAUAUAUCUAUUCCUUCUUCAUUACCUCAACAACAACAGCCUCCACAAGAAGAUUACGAUGAAGAUUCUGUUCCAGAGAAAAACAGCGCGAUAAUGAAUGACACAGAUAAUGAUGAUAACAUUACUUCUCAUAGUCCUGUUCAAGAAGUCGAAGUUUCUCCACAAAAGAAGAGUUCUGAUGGGGAUAAAUCUCCUGCAUUCAAUUUCACUUCUUCUGAUGCAGCAACACCCGAUGAUGAUAAACAGCAAACACCACAAGGAACACCUCAAGAUUACACUUACAGUUACUAUAGUCCUGAUUUCAGACCAACUCCUUCUGCUUCUUCAGGUGCAAGUGAUGCAGAAAAUGAAUCAAAUAAGCCUAAUACUUCUAAAAUCAAUGAAACACAAUCUCAAACUCCUGUAAACACAAAUAAUGAGCAGCAAGAUAUAGAAUAUGAAGAGGAAGAGCAAAUAAACGAAGAAGAGGAAGAGAAAAUAGAAGAAAAUAAUCCAGAACAUAAUGAAAAUGACGAAGAAGAAGGCGAAAUACAUGAUGAUGAUCAUCAUACCGACAAAAACAAUGGCGAAGAAGAAGGAGAAAUAGUUGAUGAUGACGAAGAAUCUUUACAUUCGGAUGACUAUUUGACCAGCAAAAAUGAAAGAGAUGGAAAUGAAAAAUUUGUUGAAGAAGAAGAUGGCGAAGAGGAAGAUAUAUUUAUGGAUGAUCCUGAAGAAGAAGAAUUCCAUGAAGAACCAUUCAGUGUUGGAGUUUCUUCUGAUUUCCCUAAUCAGAAUGAUUCCAAGAUAACUGAUGAAGAAGCUCCAGAUUUUAAUUUUGGAAAUCAAUCUCAAGAUUCAACAAAUGACUCAAUAGAUCUUGAGAGUAUGUCACCAGCAAAACCUCUUAACUCAUCUUCAGAUAGGUUUGGGGUUUCACCAGGUGGAUUUUUCCUCACUGGCGUGUAA